AACAUGACCGUCUAUUACUAUUUAUUGAGAAACAUGCAUAAAUGUCUUUAAUAUGCCUAAAGGUAAAUUAAGAAGUCCAAAGACUAAUACCAUGAAGACAAAAUGUCGUUAAAAAGUGAUACUAGUGAUUUGACUGACAUUAUUCUCUCUGGAAAACUAUCAGAAAUACCACCUCUGCCAAAAAGAACUUUGAAGAUAUACUUAUGUUCAAACCGAUCAGAUUUUGAAUUAGAGCGUUAUCAUCUUUGGCGUGAUGCCUUGCCCGCUCUACAACAAGAAUGUGUACAGCAUGGAUUGGACGUGGUUUGGAUGGAUGUUCAUUAUGGAAGUGAAAUUGACCACGUGCAGGACGCCUACAGGUUCCAAGAGCAUUUAGAAGAAAUAAAGAAAUGUCAUCAGCAAUCAGUUGGUCCUUUCUUUGUGUGUUUGAUAGGAAAUAAAUACGGAGAUUGUCCGUUGCCGAUUUAUUUAGAUGAGCAAGAUUUCCAAGAUAUCAGAAAAGAGACAUUAGCAUGCGGUAAAGAAACGACAUUAUUAGAUGACUGGUACACCAGAGAUGGUAAUUCAGUCCCUACAUUGUAUACACUUCGACCAAUUAGAGAAAAAUAUCCAAACUACGAGUUCAGACCUAAAAUGAAAUUGAAAGAUCAUCAGACAGCUGUAGAAAAUUGGACAACUACGUACAAGGAACUGCUGAACCUGAUUCAACAAGGAGCCAAAAAAGCCUUCAACAACGUUGAAAACAUCGAAAAACAGCAAAAGUUUGAUAAUUCAGGUUUGGAGGCAGAAAUAACAGAAGCACUUAGUUUGUCACCAAAGGACUGUAUAUUUUUAGAGAGAAAUAUUGAAAGUAUAAAUACUGGAGUUGUCGGUGCUACCUCUUUCAUCGACCUUGCCGCUGACAUUGCAAUAGAUUCUAAUAAACAGAAACUUCUUGAUAGAUUAAAAGACAGAAUAAGAAAAAAUGGCAUUACAGAAAAUAUAUUUAAAUUUGACAUUGCUUGGUUAGAAUGUGAAAAUGUUCACAAAGCUAUCGAACAACAUGGCGAAUAUAUGGAGAAUAUUAUUGCAGGAGUUACAACUAGGUUGGUCAGUAUUGUUAAGGAAUGUGUCAACAAGCAAAAUGAUAUCGAAAACGAGAUUCAACCAGUAUCCUCGGAUAUUCUUGUUCAUUUACAUCACUGUAAGAAUAUGAUGAUUGACUCGUGUAUGUCUGGGUUUGAAAAACUACUGUCAAUUGUUCAAAAUUUUAUUCUUACUGGGAAAAAGGUAGAACACAAUCCAAUUUUAUUGACAGGACCAUCAGGUUGCGGCAAAUCAACACUUAUUUCAACGAUUUGUCACCAGACCAGGAAUUUACUUGGGGAAGAUGUGAUAUUAAUAGUGAGGUGUCUUGGAUUGAGUCCACAAUCGGUUGAUGGGAAACAACUACUACAAGGAAUCUGUAUGCAAAUAAAUCAGGUUUUACACCAGAACAUUGACCUGAAAUCUUAUGACUUGAAACAUUUAAACAGUUACUUUAAUGGUUUGAAAAAUAGAAUAGCUAAAUCGUUAAAUAAUUUUGUUAUUGUGAUUGAUGAUGUCGAUCAUCUGGAAGGUAUCAAUGAAAUGAAACCACUUGAAGAGUCCGGCGAAUUUGAUUGGUUGUCAACGAAACUUCCAGCAAAAGUACAUUUGAUUAUGUCUAGUCAAAAAAUUGAAAAUGAAAAAGGUAUCCUCAAAAGGCUUGCAAAUAAAUGUGCUACCACCGGAUCUUGUAUUAUAUUUCCUCAAUGGACAUUACAGCAAUACUCACUUGUUUUGAACAAGAAACUUAAUGAUAUUCAUCGCACUGUUACCGAAGAACAGGAAGCAAUUCUUCUUCAAAUGUUUACAAGUGCUUCUACCUGUCCUGUCCUCAUAAACACGAUAGUUGAGAUCGCUGCAACAUGGAAGGAUGAUAUACAACCUAAUUUGCAUUUGCCAUCAACAAUUAAUGAGGCUUUGCAUCACAAAAUGGACAAUUUAGAAAUGAUGUUCGGUUUGGAAGUUAUUCAACAAAUUGUUUGUUACUUUUUGAUAUCAGAAUUUGGUAUAAGUGAAAUGGAAAUCAUGGACUGUUUGUCAUCUAAUAUGGAAAUUAUACAAACUUUAGAUCUAGCCAGUCAACCGAUUUGUAGAAUUCCUAUAUCUCUUUGGAUAUCUAUUAGGAACCAAAUAGAAAUGCUGCUGACUGAAAUACUUAUACAUCGAAAACAACUGUUUGUUUGGAAAAACAGGGCAAUAAAAGAUAUUUUAAACAGACGUUACCUGCUUUUGUCCUCUGAUAGACCCAAAUAUCAUCUAGAUUUGGCCUAUCUAUUUUUGGAAAUGUCUCAGGACCCAGAAAAAGAUUUAUUCGGCAGUGAACAUUGCCUAGUUGAUCCAUGUCGGAUAGUUACCUGUCCUCAACCACUAUUGUACAGUAAUGUCAGAUAUAACAUAAGAAGUAUCAACGAAGUAUGGAUGCAACUGUUGAAUUCGGGAGACGUCUCAUUGUUGAAAGAAUAUGUGUUCUGCAAUUUUGAGUAUUUGUUAGCACUGACGCAUUCAACUUCAGUUGAUUUUCUUCUUGAGAUACUACAAAUUACAAUGAAGCAAGUGCUCGAUGCAGAAAUUUCCAUAGUUCACCUAGCCGUUUCUACGUCUAGAAAUAUAUUGCUGAAAUAUCCAAAUCAGUUAGCCAAUGAACUGAUAAGUCGAUUGAGAAAAUUGAAAGAUUUAUAUACGCACCAUUUAGAUUCUCUGGUUACUCAAUGUAUGAGGUGGUGUGAUAGUAACACGGUACCACUCAUGGUUCCACUGACCUCCUGGUUACACUUACAAAGAAUACAAUUAGCUGCCUCUGUGGAUGGUUUAUAUGGAAUCAAACAUUUUACUGUCUUACCAAACAAUCAAAGUAUAUUGUGCUCGUUAGGGUUGGUAAACAUAGUUUUAUACCACAUCCCAAAUAAGAGCAUCUUAAGAACAUUUUCAGGACACAAAGGACCUGUAAACUGCAUUGAGCUGACUAAUAAUGGUCAAUGUUUUAUAACCGGCUCGGAUGAUAAGUGCAUUCGUAUAUGGAAUCUCAGCGAAGGACUAUGCACAAAUAUUAUUAAAGAGCAUCACGGACCUGUUACAUGUUUGACGCUGUCACAAAAUGAUGAUCAUGUGAUGUCUGGAUCAAAUGAUGGUAACGUCUUAAUAUGUGAGGUGUCAAGUGGGAAGAAAAUACAUGUAUUACAAGGUCAUAAGAAAGCAGUAACCUGUCUAAAGCUGAUUGAUUCAUCACAGUUACUUUUGAGUGGUUCCAAAGAUCGUACCAUUAUUAUGUGGUGUAUGGUUGAUAUGAUACAAUUAAAUACUUUCCGUGAUUACAUUAACAAUCCAAUUCUGUCCAUAGAUGUGUCGAGUGAUAGUAUUUUCUUAUUGGUUGCUUGUGAAGAUAGUACACUAAAUGUGAUAUCAUUUGCAACAGGGUCUUGGAUACAUCAAUUAAAGGGUCAUAACGGAUGGAUUAAUAAAGUACUUGUGUGUGAGGACUGCAAUCACGUGAUAGCAGUUUGCCAGGAUGGAUCAGUUUAUGUUUACAAUUUAAGGAACACCGAACUGCUAGAAACAUUUCGAGGGACAUACAAACCAAUUACAGAUGUCCGAAUCUCAUCCGAUGAAACUUUGAUAUAUUCAUGUUCUGACAACAUGUUGAAAGUAUGGAGCCUUCACAAGAAAUACACGAACAAUUCUAACGACAUGAAGCAUUCUAGUACUGUUACAUGUAUACAUGCUUGGGAUGGCACAGCUGCUACAGGUUCAGAAAAUGGAGUCAUUAAAGUUUGGAACAUGGAACAGGUUGUGCUGAGGGACAGUUAUUCUAAACACACCAGCAGCAUAACAUGUCUCCAAGUAUCUUAUGACAGCAGUUUUAUAGUGUCCGGGUCUAGAGAUAAAACAAUAUGUGUAUACGAUAUGACAAUGCAAACAGUUGUCACUUUUUAUGAGGAACACAAGGCACCAAUACAAGCAUUAUGCAUAUUUACUGACGACUCACAAGUGAUAUCUAUGGACUGUAACAGUAUUGUAUUCAUAUGGAAACCACACACUGCUCAAACCUUAAGGAGUUAUACAAAUAUCAACGCCAGACUUUUCUUAUUGUCCAGUCAUGGCAGUCACCUAGUAACCACUGGAGGAGAUCAAAGUGUGAAGGUUGUAGCGUUGGAAGAUGAGUCAAUAGUAACAUACAUUAACCAUGCUGAACAUGUUACCUGUCUUGCCUGUUCCGUUGAUGAUAAGUACAUGGUGACAGGUUCAGCCGACAAAUCUCUCAAAAUAUGGGAAAUGUUUAAUGGAAAACUCAUUCAGGUUUUAGUCGAGCACACUGCUAUCGUUUGUAGUGUUGCCAUUGGCGAUGAUAACGAAAAUGUUGUUUCCGGUUGCAAGAAUGGACAACUAACUGCAUGGAGCGUCCAAACUGGGGUCGUUAAAUAUCAACUUGUCGGUCAUACCAGUGGUAUCACGACUGUCAAAUUGACUAAUAAAGGAAAAUUGAUUAUUUCAGCUUCAUUGGACAGCACGAUAAGAUUGUGGAGUUUACAAUAUGGACAACAGAUAACUAUGAUUGAUAUGCACUGCCCAGUUAUCAACUUCUCAAUGUCUGAAGAUGCCUCCCGAAUGGUAGUGCAGUUAGAGAAGAACAAAUACUCGCCAUUACUUUGUCUACAUAAUAGUCCUUCAGUGGAGGGUAAUCCACCUUGGGAUCCAGAAAUAACAAAAGUACUACCUAUCAAUGUUAAGACCAGACAGCAUCGACUUGCAUUAGAAUAUCCGGUACAACGACUCCCUACAAGGAAAAGAAUCGACUCUAUAUCCAGUGUACCAGAGAUUGUUAAGGUGUCACCAAUGAGAGCUCCGCAAACCAAAAAGAAAGGAAGACGUAAACAGGGCAAAAGUAAACAUUAUCAAUUACUCACCAGAAAAGCUGUGGACAACUCGAAUCAUAAAUUAUCAUCGGUGUGCUCGAUUUUAUGA